CAACGCACACAAAGUUAUAUCCGGCGGAUCGAUGGUGCAACAGAAGCGCUAUCAGCACGGUUCCAAGACAUCAUGAGUGUGGCAGCGGUCGCUGGCAAGGAUCGACAGACUACGGCGACAGAGUGCUAUCAAAUAGAGGCCAACACGGCCUCUCUAAUCCGUGCUGCCGAGGAUCUGCUCAGCCUCACAAGAGAACUCAAGGAGGAAUGGCUUCUAGGGGACGUGUCU